ACAACAGACUUGCCUUGACAUGAUCUUAUUGUGAUGUUGAGUUGCCCCUCCCCCUUGUUUUUUUGCUUAAAAGUCUAAAACUCGACCGAGCAGGCAAGCAUCAUCCACUCACUUGACGCACACUCACACAGUCUUCGUCCAUCCACAUUAAAAAAUGUUGGCAUUUAAACCAGCUCAGGGAACUUUACUGAUGGUGCUCUUAAUAAUCUGCAUGGAGGCAUCGCAAUGCACUAUUUUUCAAGUGGACCCCCCCGAGGAGAUUAAAAUCAUAGAUCCUGGUCAUCUUGGCCGUAUGGAAAUUACAUGGACUCCCCCAGCAAGCUUAAUUCAUAUCCAAGAAUGUCCAACGCUUUACCAGUUGGAAUACUUCAAUGCCUAUACGCAGCGUUGGGAUGUUAUUAAGACUCCUCACAGGACAUACAGUGCUCAGUUUGAUCUGAUGAAGGAUAUUCAAGUUAGAGUGUACACCCUGCUGGGGGAACACUGUGCUUAUAACACUUGGAUCAAAAGUCAGAACUACACGGAACUGGUGCAGAAACCUCCCAGAGAGGAUCCUCGUGCAGUAUAUAACUUUGAUUGUGUCUUUUAUAAUAUGGAACAUCUGAUCUGCACGUGGAGAAAUUACCACAAUUUGCCAUCCAACGCACAAAUAUAUUUGUAUUACUGGCACAAAGAAUUGGAACAGACAGAGGAAUGUCCUAAGUACCUUUUCAGAAAUGGAGUCAGAAGUGGUUGCAGCUUCACGGGAAAACCUCUCCCUGAUUUUACUGAUGUCAACUUCUGUGUAAAUGGUUCUUCUCCUGAAGGCCCCCUGAGGCCUACAUAUAAAUCCCUUCAAAUUCAAAACAAUGUGAAACCUGAUCCUGCGGAGAAGCUGACGCUGCAGCAAGAUCAUGACACUCAAAUCCAACUUCACUGGAAGAAACCUGAUGGAAAUGUUCCUGAACACUGCCUUAUAUGGGAGGUGGAGCACACCAGCAAAGAAUCACAAAAGGAAAAUGUGCAGUCGGAGAAAAUUUACACCACGGACACAAGCCUGAUUUUCCCUGCUGUGGCUGAGCGCAACUGCUUCAGGGUACGCUCCAAGUUGUACAAAUAUUGUGUGGCGAGAAGCUUCUGGAGCGAAUGGAGUCACCAAAGAUGUAUUUAAACAAAAAGCAACAGCAAAAGUACAACGAAUUACACAUCAAUCUAAAAUAUACCUCAUAAUCAUAACUGUGCCAUGUGCUAAUACAGUAAUUAUAUUUUUCUCAUUGUCUUUAUAGGUGAUUCAGAAUUGGAAUGGUUUGACAGUUGACAAAAUUAACUUGGUGAAUAUUGUGUGGGAUUAUCACGAUGUACAGAAUACAAUUUCUAUUCAGGGAUAUCAGAUUGUGAAGAAUAACAUUUCAUAUGUUAUACCGUUUUUUUCCGUGUAUAGUGCGCCCCCAUGUAUAAUACGCACCCUAAAAAUGGCAUGCUGAUGCUGGAAAAAAGCCUGUACCCAUGUAUAAUACGCACCCAAUUUUUAUGAAUUUUCUUUUAUGAAUUUUUUAUUUUUUAUUUAUUUUUUAUUUUUUUAAGUCCCAAUGAUCGUCACACACGCAGGGAGGCAAUGGGUCCUAUUUUUAUAGUCUUUGGUAUGGUCUUAACUAGGCUGGAUGUCAUUUUUUUUGUUGGCGUUGAUUUCUCCGACUGCCCUUAAACGCACCACCGCGCUCCGUGCGCGCACGGGAAAGAGGCGUGCGGACGUGAAAAAGGCGGCUCUGUAUGGGAGAGACGUUGAAGAGGAAUAAAAACACCCUUGGAAACCAAAACUUGGUGAUUUCAAGUUUCAUUUCGAGGGACAUUUGUCACGUCUCGUCCCCAGUUUUGCUAUGUGUCUAGGUUGCCAUAGUGUCUGUUCGCGUCGCCCCUCUCUUCCUGUGUCACCUCAAUCGAUGUAACGUGUUUUGUAUUUAAGUCCUGUCUGCCCCUCGCUCACCGUCGGAUCAUUUCAUGUGUUACUGUCAUGAUGUCUGUUUGCUUUCUGUUCCUGUCUUUGGUAAUGUCACCCUGUCUUUUUGUUCCACGACUUUGUCGGUCAGUCCUGUUGUUGGUUUUGUUUUCUAAAAAAAAAAAAAAAAAAAAAAAAAAUUUUUUUUUGUACCCAUGUAUAAUGCGCACCCCAGAUUUUAGGACAAUACAUUCGUUAAAUUUUGCGCACUAUACACGGAAAAAAACGGUAUGUCUCUAUGGGUUUUUGAACAUUUGUAAGCAAAAAUUUGAAGGCUUGAACAGAUGAAGCGAGUGGGGGUGGGAGUUCCCUCGCUUAAUUAGCAAUCCUUUGUUUUAUUUCCUACCCAUAUUUAUCAAAAUGAAUUUGAAAGAUAUAUUUUCAUUUACAUUUGCUACAAAAGUAAAUUCGGGUACAAAAUAUGCUCGUAUCAACAAAAUAUUUAUGACCACAUAAAAGAAAAUUGAAUGAAGCUCAUUUGGAUUGCUACUUUUUUUUGUUGAAGACUUUUAUGUUCACGCUGUGUACUACUUUAAUGUUGGGAAUAAAACCAUCUGGAUCCCGGA